AUGGUUCAAAAGAAAAAAACAAAAGCCAAAGGCAUAAAGUGCUUAGUCUGCAAUAAAGCUUUGGCAAAAAAUGCAUACAAAAUAAAAUGCAUAAAAUGUGAAAAGUGGGCACAUCAAAUGUGCACAAACAUAACAAUAGAAAAACUUGAGGACAAGAAAAAAUCAAAAUUAAUUGAAUGGGAAUGUACUCAGUGUAAAGAAGAAUCAGAACAAGAGGCAGAAAUGUCUGAAUCUUCAUCAUCGGAAGAAGAAACAACAACAGGAAGUGAUUCUGAUACUGAAAAGAAAUCUAAUAAAUCUUUCACAAUAAAUGAUGUAAUGAAUAAACUCAAGAUGGAAGAAAAAUACGAAAAAAUUUUGAAGCAUAUGGAAAAUAUCAAUAAAGAGAAUGUCCAACUAAGAAAUGAAAUAAAACUACUAAAAAAAGAGCAAGCAAAAUUAAAAAAAGAAAACAAUUACAGCAACACAGAAAUAAAUAAGACCAAACAAGAAAAACUAGCAAAGGGGGGAUUGGCAAAAGAAGAUGAUAACAAAUACAAGGAAGUAAUCUUAAGUAUCGGAGAGCAGUGCAACAGCAAAAUAGAAGUUAAAGACAUUGAAAAAAUACAAAGAAUAGGAAAGGAUAACAACAAACCGAUAAUAAAGGUGGCGAAAACGAAAACAUGUUUAACUUACUACAAUGAUAAUGUUAUGUUGGGCAACAGGGUCGGUUUAGAUAACAAUGACAUGGUUGACUAUCUUAUUGAUGGAUUCUAUAAUUCUACAUUGCAAGUGCAAGCUAGAAUGCAGAAUUUUACUGGACCUGAAGCGUUGGUAUCUGUAAUGAAUCGAGUCACUCUUAAAGACAGAGGUCAUGCACCACCAACCUACUCAAAGAACUUACGAUAA